AUGGAUGAAAUUGCGGCGGCCGACAAUCAAAACGUUGACGACUGUGCCCAGAUCUUCGAAGCUACUCAUGGCCGCACUGCGGACGGCCGUUAUAUUGUGCACCUACUUCUACGACAAAAUGCACCAAAGCUUGGUGACUCGUAUGCACUUGGUAGACUAGAGCGUCGCUUGGUAGUAUAUCCCGCCCUCACAGAAAACUAUGUGGCAUUCAUGCGGGAGUUCGCAACUCUCGGACAUAUGGAGCUAGUCGAACCACCGUAUCACCAUAACAAUUGCUACUAUAUUCAUCAUCAUGCAGUCACCUCCAAAUUCCGCGUGGUGUUCAAUGCUUCGGCGCCGACCAGCACGGGAGUAUCCCUAAACGAUGUUCAACUGGUGGGCCCAGCGCUUCAGGACUCGCUUGGUAGCAUACUUCUUCGCUUCCGACGUUUUCGAGUGGCGAUAACGGCCGACAUCGGGAAAAUGUUCAGGCAAGUGUUGGUUGCGCCGGAGCAUCGAGACAAUCAGAGGAUUAUUUGGCGCGAGUCCCCGGCCGACGAUAUUCGCGUAUAUCGAUUGAAGACCAUUACAUAUGGCAUGGCAUGCAGUCCAUAUAACGCAGUGCGCACGUUGCAGCAAGGCGCUUAUGAUAAUUAUGGUUCAGUUCCGGAUAGGCGGCAGGCGGUCCUCGCUCGAGAUGCGAUUCUAACCUCGUUUUACGUAGAUGAUUUCCUCACCAGUUUUGAGAGCGCGUCCGAUGCAGUGGAUCUGGCUAAAAACGUAGAUACCAUUUUAUCCGCGUGA